AUGGCUGCAAAUGAAGGCUCCAUGGCCACCAAAAUUCUCAUCCUCCUUCUCAUCUUCUGCUUCUGUUCUCCAAUCUCUUCUCAGAAACAACUACCCUUUCUCUCUCUGUUUCAGUCCCCGUGGCGCAUCGACCAGAACCAGAUCCUUGUCUCUCCCAACGGCACCUUCGCCGCCGGCUUUCGACCCCUGCCCUCCACGCCACAGCUUCACUUUUUUGCCAUUUGGUGCCAGAAUGCUACAGACAAGACAGUAGUGUGGGCGGUUAACCGCGAUUUCCCCGUGAAUCGCUCUGCCUCUUUGGUCUUGUCCUCCACCGGAGAACUGGUCCUGACGCACCCGGCCACGGGUAAGAACCUCUGGCCUGAUGCCAGAACCAACCAACCGAACUCAACGAGGUUGCUCCUGGAUGAUGGUGGCAACCUCCAGUUUGGCGACUGGAUGAGCUUCAACCACCCGACAGACACCAUCCUCCCCAACCAGCCACUUCCACAAAGCGGGAUCACCCUUGUCUCCAGCCGAAGUCCGACCGAUUAUGCAUCCGGCAGAUACAAGUUCAUCAACUCCACUGUGCUGGUCCUCAACCAAUCAGAUCAGUACUGGACCCUGGGGAAAUUUUUAAACUUUACAUCUGAUGGAAAGAUGCUCACACCGACCAAUCCUAUUUUAUCAGCCGACUUCGGUGGCCCUAGCAGGCUGCGGAGACUAACUUUGGACUCCGAUGGGAACUUACGAAUGUAUUCUCUGGAACACGGCUCGGGAAACUGGACCGUGGUCUGGAAUGCCAUAGCAGAUGUGUGCAACAUCCAUGGCACCUGCGGCCCGAACUUUUUCUGCAAGUGCAACACCAUCACGAACCUCCCCUCCUGCAUCUGCCCACCCGGAUUCCGGGAGACCCCAGCCGGCAGCUGCGAUAGGAAAAUCCCACUCCCGGCAGACCCCAGAGGGAGUAAAUUCAUCAGACUCGAUUAUGUCAACUUCACCGGCGGCUCAAACCAAACAGACCUCAAAACUCCGGAUUUUGCUACCUGCAAAACAAAAUGCUUAGCUAAUCCUCGGUGUUUCGGCUUCGCCUACAAAUAUGACGGCAGCCAAUACUGUGUUCACCAAAUCGAUCGCCUGCUGGACGGAUUUUGGUCGCCGAAUACGCAAACUUCAUUUUAUCUUCGCGUGCCUGCGAAUGAGUCUGCCACUUCAAACUUCACAGGGAUGGACAAGCCGCUAGACACCACAUGCCGAAUUCCCAUCCGAAUCCUAGAACCCCCAAAGCGAUCACACACAAAAACCAGGAAUCUGGCCAUCGUCCUCUCUGUCUUCGUCAUCGAGCUCGCCUGCGGCGUGGCCUUGUUCUGGUUUUUCCUUCGCAGGCACAACAAGUACACCAGCUUAUCACACGCAUUCGGCUUCGAGUUCCUCCCAGCAGGGGGUCCCAAACAUUUCUCUUACGCAGAACUCAAGGCUGCUACAAGCAACUUCUCUCAGAUAAUCGGCGAAGGAGGAUACGGCGUCGUCUACAAAGGCCAACUUCCAGACGGACGAGUGGUCGCCGUGAAACGCCUUAAGACAUCCCCCCGCAGCGAGGCUGAGUUAUGGGCAGAGGUUAAGAUCAUCGGAAGAAUGCACCACCUCAACCUUGUUCACCUCUGGGGAUUCUGUACCGAAAAGCAGCAAAGGCUGCUGGUCUAUGAGUACGUCCCACAUGGCUCCCUGGACAAGCACAUUUUCCCUGAAAAAAUGGGGGAUGAGAAACAGACGGCAUCGAGGCCAGAGAAGCCCACGCUUGACUGGAGCAUACGCUAUCGGAUCGCCGUGGGUGUGGCAAGGGCCAUCGCCUACCUACAUGAAGAAUGCAUAGAGUGGGUUCUUCACUGUGACAUCAAGCCAGAAAACAUCCUGUUAGAGCAGGAUUUUUGCCCAAAGGUAUCAGAUUUUGGGUUGGCAAAGCUCCUAAAGAAGGAAGAUAUCUUGACCAUGUCGAUGAUACGCGGAACUCGAGGGUACAUUGCACCAGAAUGGCUUGGAUCAGAACCGAUAACAGGAAAAGCAGAUGUAUACAGUUUCGGGGUAGUGCUGCUUGAGAUGUUGACUGGGAUUCGGAGCUUUCAGCAGCAAGGGCAUUCUAUAGAGAGCCACGAAUGGUACCUCCCGGAGUGGGUGUUCAAUAAGGUGUACCAAGAGAAGAACAUCGAAGAGAUUCUCGACCCGCAGCUGCUGCAGACAUUUGACAACCAGCAGAAUCAUGUAUUGGUCGACAGGAUGGUCAAAACAGCAAUGUGGUGCUUGCAAGACCAGCCUGAAUUGAGGCCUUCCAUGGGUAAGGUUGCUAAGAUGCUGGAAGGGGCAGUGGAGAUCAAAGAACCAACGAGGCCGACCGUUUUUUAUUUAGCAGAAUCCAGCAGCCAAGCAAGUAGGAUAGCUCCUCAAGAAAAGAACCCAUAA